AUUGAGGGCGAGUGUGUGUGAAUUAUAAGAGACCGAUACAUUGAAGAAGUAAUGCGCCAGAGUUCUAUUCACAGUGCUUUUUGCGACACCGCGGUGAGCGCGCGUAGCGUAAUUUUUUACAGGGGUUAAGAUGCCUACGCCGGACUACAGUAUUGAGUUGGACCUCGGUGAACCACCACCGGAGUUAUUAGAGUACGCGAGGAAUGAAUGUGGCGAAGACCCCAACACACGUUUACAAGCUAUUUAUGAAUUACGAGAAAUGAUUUAUGAAAGAGGAGAAUGUACGCCACAUCGUAUGGAUGACGAGUUUUUAACUAGAUUUUUAAGGGCUCGCAAUUUUAUACCACAAAGAGCGCAUAGAUUGAUCGUGAAUUACUAUAAUUUCAAAGAUGAAAACCCUGACCUGUUUGAGAACAUAUAUCCAUUAGAUUUAAGGAAAAUUGGUGAUUCUCAUGUGAUUUCCGUGCCACCAUAUCGUGAUCAGGAUGGUAGAAGACUUCUAUUGUUUAGAGUUGGAUGUUGGGACACAAAAACAAUACCCGUAGACGAUUUAUUCAAAGCAACGAUAUUUGCAUUGGAAAUUGGAGUUUUGGAAGUUCGUACUCAGAUCCUGGGCGGAGUGGCUCUGUUUGAUCUGGAGGAUAUUGGCGUGCAACAUGCGUGGCAAAUAACACCCUCCAUUGCGUCUAAGAUCGUGAAAUUAUUGGUGUCAAGCUUCCCAGCGACGACAUACGCCAUACAUAUCAUUAACCACUCUUGGAUCUUCGACAAAAUGUACAAUAUCUUCAAGCCGUUCCUCACAGCGGACAUGCGUUCUAGAAUAUUCUUCCACGGCUAUGACGUCACAUCGCUCCACAAGCACAUAAAGCCCGAAUACUUGCCAGAGAGAUACGGUGGAGUAUGGCCAGACUUCAGUUACACGGGUUGGCUGGAAUCUCUGAGGCAUAACUAUACUAUAGCUAAAGAAACAAUUUCAUGCGGUUACAAGUUUCGCGCUGAGGAAAUUGGCUCUGAAGUUGUCAGUCGACUCAAGGAAGAGGGCAUUGAACUUUCUUGAGUAGGUUAAAAAAGUUAGAUACCAUCUUGUUUUCCAGGAUUUUGUUCAAGUCGUUAGAUGUAAUAAUUUUUAUACUGAUCGCAGGGUUAUAUAUGUUAGUUUAAUAUAGUUUGCCUAAUGUAAGCUAGUGUUGUAAGUUGUAUUUGCCAAAUGAGAGGAUAUAGCAGUAACAUUAUAAAGAAUAUGGAAAAUAGAUACCUUUACAUAAAAAAAUUAUGCAAUAGAAAAUAGACUAUUUUAGACGUAGAAAAUGGAUUGUCGAGCCCCACAAGGUGUAAUGUUUUAUUUUCCAUAAAUUAAAGACUGCUUUCUUCUUUCUAAAUUCUUUCUGAAUAAUAUAAAAGAAGUAUUAUUUUAUUAUUGCAUCUUGAAUUUUUUUUUCUAAAUUUUGUGUCCGUUCUUUUUUGCUUUGAAUUGAGACAUUGAGAGCAAAGAGAAUAUAAUUAAUGAUAAAUGUACAUAUCUUUCAAAUAUAAAUAUAAAAUAAACUUUUUAAAACUUAUAAAUAAGAGAAAUUUUGUCAGUAAUGUUAUCUAUUUCAUUUCAUGAUUGUAUUUUUUGUAAAAUCAAAAAUAACAUGUAUAUGAUCAUUUUCUUUUAUUUAAGACUAGAUUUAUAUUCAGAAUAAUUCGUCAAAUGCCUGUGAUAAAAAUAUUAAAUUGGUGUUCCGAAGGUAAGUGAACUUACAUUGCCUUCUUUACCAAUUUGAAGUAACUGAUUGUUUAAAAUAUUUAAUUAGAAUAAUUAAUGAACCUAUUCCAUUACGAUGUUUGUUAUAAUAAGAUUUUCUAGUUAUUCCAUAAGCAAAAUCAUACUUUAUAUAUAA